AUGAGUACGGACGCAGAGAUGGCCAUAUAUGGCAAGGCUGCCGUUUACCUCCGGAAGCCAGAAAAGGAGAGAAUUGAGGCUCAGAGCAAACCUUUUGAUGCCAAGAGUGCCUGCUACGUGGCCGAUGCCAAGGAGCUGUACCUGAAGGGAACAAUCAUCAAGAAAGAUGGUGGCAAAGUCACUGUCAAAGUCCUGGACACUCAGGAGGAGAGGACAGUCAAAGAAGAUGAUGUCUCUCCAAUGAACCCUCCCAAGUAUGACAAGAUUGAGGACAUGGCCAUGAUGACCCAUCUCAAUGAAGCCUCUGUGCUGUAUAACCUCAAAGAGCGUUAUGCAGCAUGGAUGAUCUACACCUACUCUGGGUUGUUCUGUGCCACUGUGAACCCCUACAAGUGGCUCCCAGUGUACGAUGCUGAAUGUGUGGCUGCCUACAGAGGCAAGAAGCGUAUGGAGGCUCCACCCCACAUCUUCUCUGUCUCUGACAACGCUUAUCAGUUCAUGCUUACUGAUAGGGAGAACCAGUCUGUCUUGAUCACUGGAGAAUCUGGUGCUGGAAAGACUGUGAACACCAAGCGUGUCAUCCAGUACUUUGCAACAAUCUCAGUUGGUGGAGACAAAAAGAGGGACACGUCAAAGGGGUCACUGGAGGAUCAGAUUAUUGCAGCCAAUCCCCUGCUGGAGGCCUACGGUAACGCCAAAACUGUGAGGAAUGACAACUCCUCUCGUUUUGGUAAAUUCAUCAGAAUUCAUUUUGGCACAACUGGCAAACUGGCUAGUGCUGAUAUUGAGACAUAUCUGCUGGAGAAGUCUAGAGUGACAUUCCAACUUCCUGAUGAAAGAGGCUACCACAUCUUCUACCAGAUGAUGACCAACCACAAGCCUGAGCUGAUUGAGUUGGCACUCAUCACAACCAACCCCUAUGACUUCCCCAUGUGCAGCAUGGGUCAGAUCACUGUGGCCAGCAUUGAUGACAAAGUUGAGCUGGAAGCCACUGAUAAUGCUAUCGAUAUCCUGGGCUUCACCGGUGAAGAGAAGGCAAGUAUCUACAAGAUGACUGGUGCUGUGCUCCACCACGGUAACAUGAAGUUCAAGCAGAAGCAGCGUGAGGAGCAGGCUGAGCCUGAUGGCACAGAGGAGGCUGACAAGGUUGCUUACUUACUGGGUCUGAACUCAGCUGACAUGCUGAAGGCUCUGUGCUAUCCAAGAGUAAAGGUCGGAAAUGAAUUUGUCACCAAGGGACAGACUGUACCUCAG